CGCGAGUCGCAUUUCACCGCUGACCGCGGACGGUGGACGGUUCGAUAAAAAUCAGUCGUCGAUCGGCGUUAGUCGGUGUUGGUCGGCGUCGUUUAGCAAUUUCGAUAUCGUUCGGCGUUACAGCCCAUCGUCGCUCAAUUACUCGGUAACUUGUUAGUUUCAUCUGGCCUCGUUCAACUUCGUUCGAUCGGGAGGCCAUUCCGUGCGUUUCUCUCUCUCAACAACAAGCGUUGUAUCGCAGACAACGGCUUCAAAAACACUGCUUGUCGCAAUCGUACCCGCGAUCACGAUCCUCGGAAUCCGGAGUGAGACGAGUGGAAUGAUAAAUGGUCGCCACCAGCAGCAUGGUAUAUGAGGAGAUAGUUGGUAUACGGGGCAGCUGACCCCAGCCACCGCGCACGCUUUUCACGCGCGAGAUGCCCCACAAUUUAAACUCAGCUUCUGCCAACUCCGCCAACACGGGACCGAAUCAUCAAGCUUAUCCACAGCAGCCGUACCAUCGAGAGAAUGCAGAUGGAGUCCAGCCCGAGAAAGAACCGGUGGAAUUCGACACGUCGCAUUUGCGAGGCGCUCCAGCGGAGGUCGAGGCGUUGGUGCACAACAUCAAGGAAGUCGCCCAGCAAUUCCUCUAUCACUGGCGAACGUUCCCUGUCGUUCUGCCCCCGUCGUUAUCUUCAUGCACGGAAGGCGAGGAUACGUUGGCACGAAAGAAAUAUCAUCUAAGGGAUCUCUUCGUGGCGCCUAGCUUUGAUGAGCUGGACGCUGUUGCUGUGGAUAGCAAGGGUGAGCCUAGAAGACUGACCAACAAACAACUGGAGAGCAUCAGAGAGCGAGGCUUACACAAGGAUAAAUAUGGAAAGCCGAAGAAGCUGAAUGCCACUCAGUUGGAGAGCAUUCGAAGAUGCGGAGAGUUCGAAGUCGACUCGAUCAACUUCGCCGGGCAGACUCAUCGAUGGCGAUUGAGCGGUCUUCUACAACGCGGCCGAGACAGACGGCGGGAUGCGUUGCUCACAGAUCUCGCCCUGGCGACUAGGUUUCUCGUUGUAACGGCAAAGGCUAGAUUAGUUUCCCAUUGCUUCAGUGUCUCACAAUCUUUGAAAGCCUUGUUAACGGGGCUGUUACGACUUCUCGACAUUAUAAUCGGUGUACCGUCGCUCCAGGCACACAAUCUAGAUGCUAAAAUUAGGGAGGAACGCUGCCGAUAUCUGGUGGCGGAAUUAGUCUGUAAGCCGGAAUAUGAGGAUUCUUUGGAACUCCUUUGUGGAUUUAUACGAAAGCAACUUCGUCGGGCGACAACGGAGAAAUUCGAGGUCGAAAGAGAAUCGUCCCAGCUGUUACCCGUUUCAGUUCCUUUUGUAUUUGGAACACCUGGCGGGGCCGCGGUUUUUUGCAAAAUGCAGAGAAGGGAUAUAAUCAGAAAAGCUUUACCGACGCUCGUUGCGAUUCUGGAGAGAGAGACAAGAGGCUGGUUCCUUCACUUCAGAGAAAGACUGAUAUCUGAAUUGAGAGCACAAAAGAAACCGGACGACGAAAUAGAACGAGAAGUUAACGAAGCGGUAAUGCGCGAAUACUUGCAAAGAGUGUACUCAAAUAUCUUGUCGCAUCCUGACAUACUCGCGCUAGGUGAGGGCAUUGCUCAGUUGCUGGUUCAACAGGCACAGUCGAUUGUGUUGAUGCACCGAGCGGUAGAGAACGUGCAACGGAAACUAUCGCAAACCAAAGAAUCUCUGCGACAUCGCAUCGAGAGCGAGCAUCCGAUUCUGUCACGUAUACAACCAUGGAUGCGCGAUCGUAUGCGCGAGGCCGAGGAAAAUUUUAUCGAAGAGUGCGAAUGGAGUGCGCACGAAGAAGCUCUUGCACUCUGCAGCCAUCAAAAUCUCACCCAGACCGUGUACUUUCUCAAUCGUGAUUUAACUUUCAUGAAAGAGAGAGAGCCAGUUCUCCUGAAAGAACUGCGGAAGGUGAAAAUCCCGACGAGAACUUUCCAAUGGCCGACCCAAAUCUGGCUACCAAAGAACUGGAUAAUAAGACGCAAUUUUCAAGGUCAGUCCGAAAUCAUUCCUACCGUAUUGAGCAAUACUCCAACUUCUAUCACGACGCCUCGCGCUGAUCCCAGUCAGCCCGUCUUUUUGGUCGAAAGAGAAAUUGUACACACAACUACAACAAGGUGGCCGAUGUGGCGCUGGAUAAAUUAUAUCGCCAGAACAUGGUGUUGGACAUGGAAUGCAAUGUUCCUGUUGGGUGUAGCCGUACCAUGGUGUAGUCCAGUGUCUUUCCGCGCUUUAUUAUUGGUACAACCAUUUACACCCGACUUGGAAUUGAGUCAACUAAAUGGAACAUUGUUCCCGAGAAAAUCAUCUCAAAUGCCUACUCUCUGUUCUCGACUAAUAGCACUGUGGAGGCAUAUCAGUAAAAGUCGAACGCACUUUGAAACUGAACCAGAUACAGGAUUCAUCGGCAAAGGUAUGACCAGACAUUUAAAUAGGCUAUGGAACUACGGUGCAAAAGGUCUGUUAGGCACACUCAUCAUUCUAUUCGUAUUUCCCAUCGUGUGCGUUCUGGCGAGCAUUAGUUCGCUGGUUAUCGCUUUUACUGCGAUCUUGUGGAUGCCUCUGGUCACAAUGACGUUGCAUGCGUUCAUGGCGCUCGUGAUGGAUCUGGAUAGUCCUGAACCGAACCGCAAUCGAUAUUUCGUGGUAAUGGAAGCAUUAGUCUGGAACAUCGGUAUUCAAGGCUGCCUGCAACCGAUAGCGGCGUUAUUCGUAGCUCUUGCUCUAUGUCCGGUCAUCUCAUUCGUGAUACUUACAAUUGCUGUGAUACGUUACUGGGUCAGAGUGCUCUGGGAUACGGCUAUGUUCCACUUAGUGAUCAAAAAUAGGGGUCGGAUACCAGCGAGUGACAGCUUCGUCGUAAAGAGAAUAGCUGGACCGGGACUAGCUUCGGAUUAUUAUUAUCAAAUACGAGCGGAACAAGCAUUGGCCGCGUUUGAAGCGAAAUUAGAACUGGACGAAUUGCUGGCCUAUCAGCAAGAAACUGAAAGAUUAAUCACUCAACCGCAGAGAGAUUUUACUCAAUUUGUCGAAGCUUGUUUUGGCCCAUUCGCUGCUAGUCUAGCCAAGACAAAGGACCCGUACAAAUCGCUUGAGAAAGAAGCCAAAGAUCUAAUUGCUGUACUGCACGAGAAGCUGGAUCGACGAAGAAAGAAUUUGCAGACAGGCCUCGGUGUCGCAGUGAGGAGUAAGAUAAAAUUAACCACUUUCGACUUAAAGGUGGUUAUACAACAAGGCGCAUUGAUGUUAGAACGUCUCUAUCCCACUCACGUUUUCGCAAGAUUGCCUGGAAACGAGGAAGACUUUUGGGAGAACAAAGGUUUAGGGGUAUGCGACUGGGCGGGCCUGGCAGGGCUUAUGUAUGCCGAUAUUUUCAGUCUAGAUUUCCUACAACCACUCGACGACUCUGAUACAAAAUUCAGAUUGGAGCCGCAUCCGGGAGUUGAUUUGUCACGAUACACGGACAUGGUACACAGUACUGAGCUUGGUGGCAUUAACGGACCCGAUUUACUCGGCGCUGUUUACGCACCACGUGGGAAUAUCCAAGUGCACAGCCCGUAUCUCGAAGUAUCUGCCUUUAAUCCGAGAGCUAAACAAGCUAGCAACAGCAGAAAGUCUGACAAACGAUGCGAUACUAGCGGCCUGUUAACAUCGACGAAAAUUCGAAGACGCACAAUGACGAAUGAGAACAGCGCAGAGGGACGGUGGCAACCGUGGAAACGUCAAAUUCAUCCGUAUAGUGCGGAGAAAUUGGUGAUACCUCUACCGAUUCCGCAUCCGGCUCACAUAGCGGUGACCAUACACAAUCGCGAUUCGGAGGAUCCGAUACCGCUCGACUCCGAACUGUGUCAGAACAUCCUUCGAGCCAUCGAGGAAUCGCCCGGCGAGAUGGCGACGGAAUAUGUGAGUCGAUACAGAGGUGGCGGUGGUGACUCCAGCUUUGAUUCCGUCGCGUCGCAGUCAUCGGUCUCGAUCGACACCGGUCUGAAUAAGGAGAACGAAACAACGCAAGAGAUCGCCGCGGCGACCGCCGAGAGGGAGGGCGAAACCUACCACUGGACACUGUCGAAUUGGGGCGGUGGCAUAACGCGAAGACGGAAUAAUUCUGGAUCCAUAAAGGUUGAUCUAGCGUCACCGGAGGACGUCACCCUCGACACAGAUACCACCAGAGUGAUGUUCAGCACGUACGGAACAACCGUCUAAAUUAAGUCCGCUGUUAUACGCGCCGAAUAAAACAAUUAUUUCGUUUCGCAUUUAUAGAUAAUAUUAAAAGAAAGAAAGAGAGAAAGGGGGGAAAAAAUAAUUCCUUUUGCGAAUCCUUAGAAAAUAACUUUUGCCAUUCAAGAUGAUGCGAUGUAAUAUUAAAUAUUCACGUUAUCCGCUCUCAAUUAGAAGUAACACGGAAUGAUCGGUACAUCAUAAUACAGAUUAAGCAUUUAAUAAUGUAUUUACGAUCCUAAUCAAAAGUAUAAAUUUCGAAAGGAAAAGCAUAUUUAUGGAUUUAAUUGCCCUACAAAUACAUACAUGUAAUCGAGUAGUUCUCAGUGAAUUACAAUUAUUUGUAUUGUCAAAAUUUAAGCGUGAAUCUAUCAUAUUCAAAUUUUAUCUGAAAAUCUGUUAGACAGAUAUUAUUCGCCGACGCUGUUCCUUCGAUACCGAAGCUCAUAAACAGAAUUUCGAUUAUCGGACGAAUAUCAGUUUAACGAGGAAUAUUAUGCAAGCGCAAUGCAAGAUUCCGAGAUUUAAUUAUUAUGAGAUCACGAUUUUUAAAAAUAUAUAAGAAAGUAUUAUAUAUAUAUAUAUAUAUAUAUAUAUGCUGCGGUUCACUUAGUGCUUCAAACGCUACAGAGCAUUUGUAGCAUGACUGGUCCAUUUGAUGCUUUGGAACGCUCCUAGCAACUCUACGUCAUCGUUUUUGCUUCCAUUUCGCUCCAACCUUGCCUCACCUCGGGAGGUGGGUUGGCUGGAACGUUAGCAAUUAUAGCAUUCGGAAUAGUAAUGGACCAAUCGGAGCAUAGCGUUUAGAGCGUAACGUUCAAAACAUUCGGAAGAAGUGGACCGCAGCCCAAAAGAGAAAGAAAGAGAGAGAGAGAGAGAGAGAGAGAGAGAGAGAGAGAGAAACAGGAUAUUCCAGAUUUUAGCGCAUCAUGCAAGAUUAGAUGAGGUUUUUCUCUUUAAUAUUACGUUAAUUAAAAGAAAAUGCGACAUUCAUAUUGAUAUACUGUAUAUAAAUAGCUAAUUGUAUAAAAAUAAACUUGUUAAUAUAAUAUUACUCCAGAUAUACAUGCUCUCCGUUAUUUAUGACGAAAGCUAAGCGUCAACAGGCUGUAACAAAGAGGAUUUAUGCUUACAAUUGUUCAAUCGUUUAAUAUUUAAUACAACGUAUUAUAAGCAUGCGCUUGGCGGCGAUCAUCCCGAAUCGAUCGAGCGGAAUCGUAAAAUUUCCGGCACGAAGCAUUAGUUGGAGCGUUUCCGAUUACGUUAAUACUUUGCCGACCGUUCAAAUAGAUCGACCAGAUUCACGAUUCAUUACCGAAGGACUAAUGUCCAUUUAAUCAAUGUAGAUUUAGAGACUUCAAUUUUUCGGUUUAAUUUAUUCUUUAUCUUUUUCUUAACUUAAAAUAAAAAAAAAGACAAAGGAAAGUUAAACACACAGAUUUCUAUAACUAACUCACUUCAAUUAUUUUGCACGUGAGAGAAAUGAGAAUGAUGUCAACAAGUCCUGAUCUAUGAUCAUGUAUACAGAUAUACAUAUACGUACGGUAUGUGAGUAUAUGUAUUUGUGUGAAUAGAUGGGCAUAGCAAUCGAGAUUAUUAAAGAAAAUCUACAAGGUAGAAAUGGACAUUAUUUUGCGCCAUGAUAUUUCUCUGUGACCUUUGAUUAAUUUGAAGAAAGCGGUACUAAAAGAAAUUACGUAAGAGAAAUUACAAAAAGAGAAUUUUUAAAGACAAUGCGGGUUACAAAAAUUGUGUGGUGGUUAACGAGUUAAGGCAUAACUCGCGCGGUUGGCAAAUUGUUCAAUGAUAAAAAAUGUAUAGCGUAAAUCGAUUAAACGCGAUCCGCGUGAUCUACAAGGUACACGAAAUAUCAUACCAUUUAAUUAUCUCAAAACUAUUACUAUACUUGUAAAAUAUCGGUUUUUAAAAUUUUUUUUAACUAUGUGAACAGAUUCUAUCUGUACUUUGUGGAAAUUCUAUUAGGUAUAGCGUCACGAGUCGAAAUUGGGCGCAUACAUCAGUGAGAUGGCGGACAACGCACCAUUGACAUAAAAUGUUAUAAUUACAAGGGGAAAUUUGUAUUAUUUUUUACGAAAACAGAAAAUUUGGCGUAGAGUCGGAGACGUUUCCGCCCACAUCAUGCAAUUGUUUGUCUAAAGAUUUAUGUCCGAAAGUAAUGAUAUAAGGGCACAUCUCUAAGAGAUUGUGAAACAAUUGUAAUCAGCGAUUAUAUUGAAUUAUCCAUUUGAUAAUUUUCCAAGCUUUAGUAAUUAAUUCUAUAUCAGUUUCUGUACCAGUUUUAUUAAAAAUAAAUAUGUAAUAUGUAAAACAAUAGUAUGACAUUUCGUGAAUCAUCUUGUAUUUGACGAAUGCGCCUCCGAGCACCUGGGAAGAUACUAUAUUGUUCUUCCAGCGUCUCUCUAUCUCAGUAUAUAUUUUAUUUUACUAAUAAAACCGUGAUAGAUGUUAGUAUGAAAUCGGAGAUCUCUCGAUUCCGAAUGGCGGUGAGCCGUACGGUGGAAUGGAAAUAAAAAUCGCAAUCGCAAGUGUAUUAUCGAGAUAUUGUGUAGAUAUGAUGCAAGAUAGCAAGAAUGUGACAACGCGAUACUGACUAACACCAACGCUACUCAGAUUUAAUAAAAUUUACUGUAAUACAAAGUA